AUGUCCGAAACAUUCGCAUUCCAGGCUGAGAUCAACCAGCUCAUGUCGUUGAUCAUCAACACCUUCUACUCGAACAAGGAGAUCUUUCUGCGUGAGCUGAUCAGCAACGCGUCAGAUGCCUGCGAUAAGAUCCGCUACCAAGGCCUGACGGACGCGUCCGUGCUUGGCGAAGACACGCACCUGCGCAUCCGUGUGAUCCCUGACAAGGCGAGCAAGACGUUGUGUCUGGAGGAUAACGGCAUCGGCAUGACCAAGGCGGACCUUGUGAACAACCUGGGCACCAUCGCCCGGUCUGGCACGAAGGCGUUCAUGGAGGCGCUGGAGGCGGGCGGCGACAUGAGCAUGAUUGGUCAGUUCGGUGUUGGCUUCUACUCUGCGUACCUCGUGGGCGACCGUGUGACGGUAGUGUCGAAGAACAAUUCCGAUGAGGCGUACGUAUGGGAGUCGUCGGCUGGCGGCACGUUCACCAUCACACCAGCCCCGGACUGCGACCUGAAGCGUGGCACGCGUAUCACGCUGCACCUCAAGGAGGACCAGCAAGAGUACCUCGAGGAGCGUCGUCUCAAGGAGCUCAUCAAGAAGCACUCCGAGUUCAUCGGCUACGACAUCGAGCUGAUGGUGCAGAAGACGACUGAGAAGGAGGUGACCGAUGAGGACGAAGAGGAGGCCGUGAAGAAGGAUGAGGAGGGCGCUGAGGGCGAGCCGAAGGUCGAGGAGGUCAAGGAGGACGAAGAGAAGGAGGAGAAGAAGAAGAAGACCAAGAAAGUCAAGGAGGUGACGACCGAGUACGAGGUGCAGAACAAGCACAAGCCGGUGUGGACGCGCGACCCUAAGGAGGUAACCAAGGAGGAGUACGCCGCCUUCUACAAGGCCAUCUCCAACGACUGGGAGGAUCCCCUGGCAACGAAGCACUUCUCGGUCGAGGGCCAACUCGAGUUCCGCAGCAUCCUCUUCAUGCCCAAGCGCGCGCCGUUUGACAUGUUCGAGCCGAACAAGAAGCGCAACAACAUCAAGCUGUACGUGCGCCGCGUGUUCAUCAUGGACAACUGUGAGGAGCUGUGCCCCGACUGGCUCGGCUUCAUCAAGGGCGUCGUGGACAGCGAGGACCUGCCGCUGAACAUCUCGCGCGAGAACCUGCAGCAGAACAAGAUCCUCAAGGUGAUCCGGAAGAACAUCGUCAAGAAGGCGCUCGAGCUUUUCGAGGAGAUCGCUGAGAACAAGGAAGACUACAAGCAGUUCUACGAGCAGUUCAGCAAGAACCUGAAGCUCGGCAUCCACGAAGACUCCGCGAACCGCAAGAAGCUGAUGGAGCUGCUGCGCUACUACAGCUCCGAGUCCGGCGAGGAGAUGACGACCCUGAAGGACUACGUGACGCGCAUGAAGGAGGGCCAAAAGGGCAUCUACUACAUCACCGGUGACAGCAAGAAGAAACUGGAGACAUCGCCGUUCAUUGAGGAGGCCAGGCGCCGCGGCUUCGAGGUCCUCUUCAUGACAGAACCUAUCGACGAGUACGUGAUGCAGCAGGUACGCGACUUCGAGAACAAGAAGUUCGCCUGCCUGACCAAGGAGGGCGUGCACUUCGAAGAAACAGAGGAGGAGAAGAAGCAGCACGAGGAGGAGAAGACAUCCUUUGAGAAGCUGUGCAAGUCCAUGAAAGACAUCCUCGGUGACAAGGUCGAGAAGGUGCAGCUGUCGGAACGCCUGUCAACGUCGCCGUGCAUCCUCGUGACGUCCGAGUUCGGCUGGUCCGCGCACAUGGAGCAGAUCAUGCGGAAUCAGGCUCUGCGUGACUCCAGCAUGGCGCAGUACAUGAUGUCAAAGAAGACAAUGGAGAUCAACCCGCGGCACACCAUCGUGAAGGAGCUGAAGCGCCGCGUGGAGGCUGAUGAGAACGACAAGGCGGCCAAGGACUUGGUGUACCUUCUCUUUGACACGGCGCUGCUGACGUCCGGCUUCAGCCUUGAUGACCCUGUGGCGUACGCCGACCGUAUCCAUCGCAUGAUCAAACUCGGCCUGUCCCUAGACGAGGAAGAGGAAGAGGAGGAGCUCGCUAACGCCGAAAAGUCAGUCGAGGUUGCCGCCCCGGUUGAAGCUGUCGCCGCUACCUCCAUGGAGCAAGUGGACUAA